AUGCAGCAUACCGUCACCGAGCGAAGCUCUUCGGACUCCACUGUCUCUUCGCUGAAGAGCCCUCGAACAGCCCGCUUUGCCGAGGCAACGGCGGUGCAUUCACCCACGGAGCCUACCCAAGUGGGACGAUCACCCUUCGCAGACCCUCCCCACAUCCAGGGCCGUCCCGACGUGUCGGACGUGGGCUUUGGGUAUGUGACAGCGAACGAUCCCGCUCAGCAUGUGUCGCAUCACCAACCACCCACGUCGCCGCUCAAGAGCGCGCUCAAAGUCCCCGGGACUCCCGGGCGGACUCUGAACCCUCUCAGCCCGACCUUUCGCGAAGAGUUCUUCGUAGAGAAGGAGGAAAAGGCCGCAGAAAAGAUGAACGAUCAAGACCUGCGGAUCAAACUGCGCGUCCGGGUAGCGAAAAUUUUCCUUCGGUUCGUGAACUUUGGCUGCAGCCUGAUCGUCCUGACUAUCCUGGCGACGACUUUGACUAUCUUCCAUGCCACGAAGUCGCUCCCACCGCGAGGUGGGUUCCCCCCGUGGGCUAAGGGGACAAACCCCUGGCCUCAGUAUCUGCUUCUUGCCGUGGCCUGCCUCUCGUUGGCUGCCUGCUUGUUUGUGUUCUGGGGGUACUACAAAGGGGGCCACAAGCGCGCGGAAAAAGUCGCCGUCUACUAUUCUGUUUUCUCUGUGUGCUCCUUCGCCUUCAGUCUGAUCAUAUGGGUGGUCGCCGCCGCAGUCUACCAGAACAGCAAGUCGACGGGUAAUGGCCAGGACCUCUGGGGCUGGUCAUGCAAGAAGAACACCAGAGAGCAGUACUUCCACAAUGACAUCGACUAUGCCCUUUUGUGUCGUCUACAGGACUGGGGCUUGGUGUGCGCCAUCAUCGAAGUCGUCAUCGAGGUUCUGGUCAUCCUGAUCUACGCCGUGGUCUUCUACCGCUUCUGGACGAAGAGACGCCUGGCCAAGUCCAUGGACCGCCGCGACAAGGCUCGCUCGGACCUGUACCUAGCCCAACUCCGUCUCCAGUCUGCGCCCAACACGCCUGGAUUCCCCAAGACGCCAUUCUCGCCCGCCCCGGCGCCCCGCGAUCCCCAUUCCAUGGCGGAGAACGGCGAGUCGCCCCAGACUCAAUUCGCCACACCACGCUCCCCCACUCAGCCCCAGCCGGCCUUCCAGCUGCAGCCCCCGCCCAUCCGCGUGCAACAGGCCUCCCCGCGCAUGGAACAGGACGCGUUCCCCGCUCCUGCGUCGACCGCGCCGGCUGUCCCGGCGCCCGCCGUUGCACAGCACAUGGGUGCUGCGCCGGGCGAGCGCACGUACGAGACCGUCCCUAUCCCAACAGCCUACGCGAGUCCGAUGAGUCCUAGCUUCCCCCAGAAUAAUCCUGCCAGCAGCUUUACUACUCCGCAUUGA